AUGAAGGGAAGUUUGAAUAGCAGAAAGGAAGGCGCGUUCAGCUCGGUAACAGCCGGGCGCACAGGCAAUGAUGUGGGUGGGUCUUUCUACGAGAACGAGGAAACCAAAAAAGCGUUCAGCGAUAGGAUGAAUUACGUGCUCGUUAACAGCAUUGGUGGGAGGGCUGUGGUGACAAUUCCAUCAGGCGUGAAGUAUUCGGGGAUGCUGUUGGCAUGCAACGCGACGACGUCAAAUGGGGUGGAUGUUAUUUUAAAGUAUCCUCGGAUUAUUGACAAGGGAAUUGAUGAAGAAGAUGCGGCUGUGCUGUCUGCGCAGUUAAAGGAGACACUGCUUAUCGAGGGCGACGACGUAGCGGAGCUGGAGCUGCUGGAUGUGGACUUCAGCCUGGACGACAAGUGGGAGCAGAUCAAGCGGCGCGAGGAACAGAAGGCGCGCGAGCGCAGGGACGGUAAGCUGCAGGAGUUCAGGACCGACACAGAUAUUGCCGGCGCUGGCGAGGUCAAGGAGCGAGAGCUGCAAAAGUGGACGCCGGACGACAGCGAGGCGUUUGCGCUGGAAGGAUCUCUGGAGGACCACGCGGAGGAGUGGGACCAAUUUGCGGUCAACGAGCAGAAGUUCGGCAUCACAUCAACCUUCGACGAGUACUUAUACACUACGAAGAUCAAUAAGGGGGAUCCAAACUACGAGACAAGACUCAAGGAGGCGGACCGAAUUGCAAGAGAGAUAGAAGCACAGGGCACUGCAGGUAACGUACAUUUGGCGGAGGAGCGCGGCAUUGUUGUGGAUGAUUCAGGAAUGGAUGAGGAAGACAAGUACUCCGGAGUCGACCGUCGCGGGGACGAGCUUCUUGCCCAAUUGAAGAUGAACGCGAAACCGGCACUGGGGAGACCUACAAAAUACGUGCCCCCUAGUUUGCGGAAUGAACCGCACAACGCCGAUCCUGCUAUCCUGUCGUCGACCAAAAAGGGUUGGUCACCGCCGGCACCGAAGAGCCCUGUUGAUAAGAAGAUACAGUUGGACGAGUUAAAAAAGUUCUCUGAGAAAUUUAAAGUACCAUACAAGAUGCCGGAGGACGUCAAAACCAUUUUUAAAAAAUCCGAGGAGUUGCCUUCCAAGUCGCCAUCUGCCCUGAAAGUAAACCCCUCGCUCCCUCCCAAACCCACACCACAGCCGGCUAGCUCGACUGCCACACCUUCGAUAACUCCCUCGAAAACUAGCAAUCGAAACUCCAAACCUAGCACUCCAGCCUCAUCUAAGGUAGAAUUGAAGCGGCCACAGAACAAGUUUGGGCCUCAGAGUGGCCACACGCCAUCUAAUUCACCCUCGGCUGGUAGAGCAAACACUUACAGGAGACGUAAUAAUCCACCGUUUUUCGGCGAUGAUGGCCCAAAAUGCUUAAAGAAGGACUUCAAGAAGAACUUCAAUGUUUUCCUGAAGUCCAAGGAGGCUUUUGAAAGCCGGUCUCGUCAUAAGCAAACAGCAGAAGGGAAGGCCAUGGAUGCUUUUCUGAUUGAGAAGCCUUACUUUACUACCCCCACCUGGAUAAGUACUAUGGACAGGUCUUUCAGAACUUUAUUCCCUGAUGAGAGGACCGCCAUCCAGAAGGCGCAAUUGCGUCUCCAGCACCGUAUAAUGAACGCUAUCGGCGGAAAUAUGCCAAUGGGCAGCAUUCCGGGCAUGAUGGCCAUGCCAGUGGGGCCGGCAGGUUCUCAAUCUACCCCGUUCAUGGCCUCCCCUGGAAUGUUCAUGCCAUUCCAGCCACAGCCUAUGUUCUACCCCCCGGUCCCUCAGAUGCUUACAAUGGUCGGUGGACCUGCCGAUGAUCGGAGAAAUAGCACACAUAGCCCUUCACCCACCACAAAUUCUCCCCACGGCGCCCCAGCUUUCAUAAAUGGCGCCCCUAUAGGGCCAUUUGGAUAUCCAGCUGCAUUUCAACCUAUUAUGGCACCGGUUGGAACAGGUAACGUGAACGGAGUAGCAGGCCCGAAUGGGAACGGUUCCAACUAUAAAAACCAUUAUCACCACCACAACAAUGGGAACCGAUACCACAGACAUAGAUGA